AUGCGGCUGAUGUCGGUGUGGCCCUGGAAGCCUGCUACGCAGGAGUCGCCGGCGCCGGCUCUGCAGCGCAAUGCCUCAGAGCCACUUUCUGGCUUUGGCAGGCGCAUGCUCGCGGAUCUGGACGAGUCGAGCGAUUCGGAGCUCAGCACCUCCAGCAGCGGGAGCCGAAGGUACCUUUGGCAGCGGUCCGAUUCAGGGGGCUCUCGAACACCGUCGGUUGACUCCACCUCUCGCGGGCUCCAUGAAGAAACUUCGGCGAGCCAGAAGUUCCAGGCACGGCCGCCACCUGGCCCUCGAUCGGCCGCCCCUGGCCGGAGCCAGCUCUACGAGCUGCAAAAGCCGAAGGGGUCUGGCAAGGGUGCACCUCCUCCCCCGCCGGCGAAGGGUGCUGGCAAGGCCUUGCAGUUCAGCCUGGCGUUGCAUGAUGUGCGGUCUGCCGAGGAGAGGCUUUGGGGGCACUUUCGCAUAAGCAAGCACCCCACUUACUACGUUGAGUUGUAA